GGAGAUUUCUGCCCCGGAGUUUCCCCCAUGGCAAGCACAGGUAUCCCCUUGCAGCGUAUUCUGGCUGUCGCGGUCGGUGUCGUGUUGCUCUUAUGCCACCUCCAAGAGGGCUAUGGCGCUGUCGCGGCGGCGGGAACCUCCCAGUCUGGCCUCUCAAUCUCCACACGAGGUAUCAGCUCGAGCGUACCAUUUUCAACUUCACAUGCACGGGCUGCUACUAGUACCGCCUCCUCUUCCCUGCUCACGACGUCGCUUACCGUGUCCGCGGUCUCGUCGAGUGCAAGCUAUUCCGCUUCGACCGUCUUUCCAUCGAUACACAUACACUCAACGGCCACUUCUCGUUCGGCGUCAGCUACCGUCUCGUCCGGGCCAAGUGGCCCAACGCAAAGUCUUGAUCCGGGCACUGCGUCUGACAUCGCGACGGUCCUCGAUCGCCGAUUGUCGAUCAUCAUCGAGGCCGUUGGCUCCGCUGCCAACCUAUCGACUUGGCUGUCGACCCUUGGAGCCGACGGCAAAUGGCCCGAAUCUGAGAUCGAUUAUACUACCGGUUGCACCGCACGACGUGCCAAUUGGCCUGCAGAAGAUCACUGGACCCGCAUUUCGAUAAUGGCUGCCGCUUGGCACGGCGGUCUCGCAGAUGCCUCGAACUACAAGAACGAUUCUUCGCUGCUCGAUGCGAUCUCGCGGGCAAUGGAUUACUGGUUCGUGAAUGACUUCACGAAUCCGUCGUGCCUCGACCAAGGAGGACUUUCUACCUGCCCUUGCGGCACCCCCGGUUUCUGGAACACCAACUGGUUCUCUAACAUUAUCGGUAUCCCCGAGCUCGUCGGCGAGUCGUGCAACCUGCUCGGUGCCGCGAAUAUGACACCGACGCAGCUGAGCAAUUGCAGCAAUAUCCUUGACCGCGCCUUUGGCACGUUCGGAAGAUCUGUCAACGGCCUUGGGUUCUUGACCGGCGCGAACACGCUUGAUGUGGCGAAGAUAGGGAUCGACUCCGGGCUCCUGACCAACAACGCGACUCUCGUCACGGCGGGCUACCUAAGAAUCCAUAGAGAGGUUGUGGUGCAGAACGCUACUCGUGCGGAUGGUAUUCGGGAGGACGGUAGCUUCGGCCAGCACGGUGGUAUCAUCUACAACGGGAACUAUGGGAAGGACUACACGAACGAUGUCUUGGCGCUUGAGAUAGCGGCAGCAGGUACGCAGUUCUCUGCGCAGAAUGCGAACACAAGCUCCCAAGCAGCCUUCGAGACCUUGCUCGGCGGCGACUUAUGGAUGGUAUACCGCAACGUCAUCACAGGGGUACAACAUUGGGAUUUCAGUGUCUUGCCCCGCUUCAUUACCUUCCCCGUAUCAGACAACCAAGCAACAGCAAGCUUGAAGAUCAAUAUUUCGCAGAUCCAGGAACUUGGCAAUCUGUGGGGUUCGGAAACCAUUCAGUCGGUGUACAACAGCCUUGCUGUGAAUAGCUGGACAGCGAAUUCUGGUGAUAUUAUAGGAAACCGCAUGUUCUACGACAAUGACUACAUGGUGCAACGUGGCCGCGGAUAUGUCAGUACGCUCCGGAUGUACUCAGCCCGUACAUCAAAUACGGAAUGUGUCAAUUCGCAAAACCCAUUCGGCUUCCACCUCUCAGAUGGAACACUUUAUACGUAUCUGCAAGGCGACGAAUAUGAGGACAUCGCGGCGGCAUGGGAUUGGAACUUGAUCCCAGGCACCACGUUGGACUACAACGCUACUCCCUUGAGCUGCAACUUUACAGAGUGGAACGGCACCCAGGCCUUCGUCGGAGGUGUUUCUGAUGGCAGCGUCGGCGCUGCAGCGAUGCGGUACACAAACCCUUACACUGGUAGCCUUAGUUUCCAAAAGGCGUGGUUCUUCCUAGAUGACGACGUCCAACACAUCAUGAUCUCGUACGCUGAAUCGAACUCCUCCUCAGCCAAUCCCGUCGUCUCCGUCAUUGACCAGAAGCGUCUCAAUGGCAACGUCUACGUCAACGGACGUGCCCUCAGGCAGGGCGGAAAUUUCUCAUACGUAGAGUCCCUCUGGCACGACGGUGUCGGCUACACGUUUGACCAUGGGCUCCUUGACAGCCGUUCCGACUUAGCAGUUGAUUUUGGGGCGCGCUCAGGCGACUGGGCGGCCAUCGGCGUCUCGACCGCGGGGAACAUCACUGUCGACCUCUUCUCUGCGUGGAUCAACCACGGAUCCGGUAACCGGCUCGACGUCCCUAUCGCAUACACCGCAUACCCUGCAACGACGUUCAAGAUAUUCGAGCGCAAACGCGCCGACACACAGUUGCUCUCCAUCCGGAACGAUCAGUCAGUAUCCGCCGCGUACGACACGAAGCACCGCACUGCGAUGAUUGUGUUCUGGGACGUUCUCGGCGGCUCUAUCACCUUCGUGCCAGGGCUGCUGGAUGCGCCCAUCACUAUUCAAGCUUCAGCAAAUUCUGCUGUCAUCUACAAGCUUGAUGAUGGCAAUGUCACCGUCUCCGACCCAUCACAAACCUUUUCAACCCUCAACCUCGCGAUCCAAGUCGGAUUGUUAGGCCGUAGGCCAAAGGGAUGGGGUAGCGAGCGCACCAGGACAAUAAGCUUCACUCUGCCUGGCGGAGGUAUGGCCGGAAGUAGCGUCACGAAGGCACUGUGAGAUGCAGUAUUCCUAUCAGUAUAAAGUACCAGUAGCCUAUCUCUCUUUCGAAGCACGGUGUCUACUCAGACUCUCCUGCGCAUGAUACAAGAUCGGACCUGUUU